AUGUAUCCAGAAUCUUUCACAGGCUACCAGGUUGAUAGCUCCGAGACAUGGACCACGUUCCAUAAGAGAGAAUUCCAACCAAAACCUUUCGAAGACUACGAUGUCGACGUAGAAAUUCAAGCCUGCGGUAUCUGUGGUUCUGACAUUCACACCAUCACCGGCGGAUGGGGACCUAAGAAUUUCCCCCUCUGCGUUGGCCACGAGGUCGUCGGCAAGGCCAUCCGCGUCGGCCCAAAGGUCACUCUUAUCAAGCAAGGCCAAAGAGUAGGCGUCGGUGCCCAGGUCUUCUCCUGUCUCGAUUGCAGACAGUGCAAAAAUGACAACGAGACCUAUUGUCGCCAUCAAGUAGACACUUAUGGCGCCAAGUGGCCCGAAACGGAAAUUAUCUCUCAAGGCGGCUAUGCGAGCCAUAUUCGCGCUCAUGAGCACUGGGUCUUCCCCAUUCCUGACGCGCUCAAGACUAGUCAGGUAGCCCCUAUGCUGUGUGCUGGCUUGACUGCGUACUCGCCGUUAGUCCGCAACGGCGCCGGCAAAGGCAAGAAAGUAGGCAUAGUCGGACUAGGUGGCAUCGGACACUUCGGGGUGCUAUUUGCCAAAGCCCUCGGAGCUGAGACAUGGGUUAUUUCACGGUCCCAUGCCAAAGAAGCUGAUUCGUUGAAAAUGGGCGCCGACGGCUUUAUCGCCACUGAAGACAAGGACUGGAACGAGGCUCAUCGUAUGACUUUUGAUCUAAUUGUAAAUACAGCAAAUAGCAGCGAUGGGUUUGAUUUGGGCAAGUAUCUUUCGCUACUUGAUGUCCACGGCAAAUGGAUCAGCGUGGGGCUGCCAGAGGGUUCGGGACAGGAGGUUAAGUCGAAUAUGUUUAUGGAGAAUGGAUGUUUGAUUGGUGCGAGUCACUUGGGAUCCAGAAAGGAGGUGCUGGCUAUGUUGCAGUUGGCGGCCGAUAAGGGAAUUGAGAGUUGGGUGGAAGAGAUUCCAAUUUCGGAAAAAGGACUAGCUGAUGCUGUGACAAGAAUGAAGAAUAAUGAUGUUCGGUAUCGAUUCACUUUGACGGGAUAUGACAAAGUCUUUAGUUCUUAG